UGUCCAGGUUGCCUAUGCGCUAGAAUGGCUGUGAGUGUGAGGAGGUCGGGGCGGCCGGGGGAUGCAGUACCGUUGCUUGAGCGAGCGCUUCAGAUCAAGGAGGCCAAGCUGGGGCCCGACGAUGUGGGGGUUGCCGUGACGUUGCACAAACUGGCUCAGAGUGUGAUGAAGGCGGGGAAGCCGGGGGAUGCAGUACCGUUGCUUGAGCGAGCGCUUGGAAUCAGGCAGGCCAAGCUGGGCCCCGACGAUCUAGGGGUUGCCAGUACGCUACGCUGGUUGGCUCUGAGCGUGCUGAAGGCGGGGAGGCCGGGGGAUGCAGUACCAUUUUUUCAUCUGGCUCGGAGUGUGCGGGAGGCGGGGCGGCCGCGGGAUGCAGUACCGUUGUUUAGGCGAGCGCUGAAGAUCCAGGAGGCCAAGCUUGAGCCCGACGAUGUGGGGGUUGCCAGUAGACCGGGAGAUGCAGAACAGUUCUGUCACCGAGUGCUUGAGAUCCAGGAGGCCACGUUGGGGCCCGAUGAUGUCCAAGUUGCCUACACGUCGAGCGCGUUGGCUCUGCGAGCGCUUGAGAUUCAGGAGGCCAAGCUGGAGUCCGACGACGUCCAAGUUGCCAAUACGCUGUACGAGCUGGGUUUGUGUGUGCAGGAGUCGAGGCGGCCGGGGUAUGCAGUACCGUUGUUUGAGCGAGCGCUAGAGAUCAAGAAGUCCAAGUUGGGGCCGGAUGAUAUGAGUGUUGGCUACACGCUACACGAGCUGGCUCUGUGUGCAUGGGAGACGGGGAAGCCGGGUGAUGCAAUACCGUUGUUUGAGCGAGCGCUCAAGAUUGAGGAGGCCAAGCUGGGGCCCGACCACCUGCAGGUUGGGUACACGCUGCACCGGCUGGGUGGGGGAGGCGUGGUGCGCGUGGGCGGGCGCUUUACGGGAGCAAUAGUUGCGCAUGGAGGAGGGAGGAGGGAGCAGCGGAGCAAUGGGCUUUUUGGGGGUAUUUGGGCGCGGUAGGGGCGCGUGGUAUGGUGUUGGCUAUUGCAUGGAGCAGAAUGAUACGAUGAGUUAGCCUGACGGGGUUCGUGCAAAGGGGGCAUGGCGAGGCAUUGUGGUUGGAUUGGUGUUUUUUCGCUACCAGGUUUCUCACGAAACAAAAGUGUUGCUUGUGAAACUCAUUCUGUUUAAUUGUUUUGUGUAAAUAUCAGCAUUGCGGCGCGUUCAUUCUCCUCGUUCUUUCACACAUCUUUGUUUUCUGGCUCCGACCGCAUUCGGUGUGAGCAAGACAAUCAAGACACUUGCUGUUGUUGCACCUCGAACACCUGCACCUCGCCAUUUCUAUUCUCAACUAGAGCGAGUAUUGAUCU